UAUGUCGAGCUAGCCAGAUCCGGAUAACUUCAAAUCCAUUCCCAGUUGAAGUUCAAGUACUCUAUCGAGAGAACGUUGUGUACUUUUGUUGAUUUGAAGAUAACCCAACUGGGUAUUUUGUGCUCGCCGCUGAGAUCCUGCUCCCUCCCGCACCAGCUACUACUCCCUGUUACUGGUCCUGGGCUUGGUCCUGUAAGUGGUCCUGGUAAAUGGUGCUGGUUGAUGAUACCGUUACUGGUCCUGCGAUGAAUCGCCACGAAGGCAUCGCCUGCAGCGGUUGCGGCAAGGUGGCAUUCACCGGACGGAUGUAUCGCUGCCUGAGUUGUCGCGACUUUGACAUCUGUGCGGACUGUUACGACAGCGACUUUACGACGGCCACCCAUCCGUUCGACCAUCCGGUGAAGUGCGUCUAUACGCCGGCCGAUGUGGAGCUGUACUUCGGCGGCGAGUACAUCAGCAGCGAUCCGCCGCAGAGCUACCGCUGUCCCUACUGCAAGCGGUGGGGCUUCAACGAGUCCACCUUCCUGGAGCACGUCUCGGCCCAGCACGUCGACGCCAGCCCGCUGCUGGUCUCCACCAUGGUCACUCUCUUUGAGCAGCAGCAGGCGGCACGUCUGUUUUUGGAGGACGAGCAGCUGGCCUCCUUCUCGGCGGCGGCCGGUUCGCGUAACCGGCAAAUGGUUCGCACUCACGGUUCCCUCGAUCUCUAUCUGGAGCCUCUGAAUCCGGACGGAAGCUACAAAAGGGCAAGUCAGCCGGAGGAGGCGGCUGCCAAGAGCGACGAGGUGACCCGGGAGCGGUCCCACCGUCUGCGACGCGCUGCAACAACCGGAUCGACUUCCACAGGGCCGAACGCCUUCUCGGCAGCUGCCAGAGCUCGAGCUAGAACGGCGUCUGCUGGAUUUAGUGCCGUAUUGGCAGCCACCUCCUCAACCGGCACCAACAGGAAUAGAGGUAUCGCCAGCCGGAAUUCGGUAACGACGUCUUCCAAUCGUCGCCAAGAUCGGGUGCGCUUGAAUACGUCACAGGUGGAGAGCUUUCGAUUCAAUUCUGGGGAGUCUGGACGGGAUUUCGUACCGCCUCCGCCAGAUAUUUCCUUUGGUGGGUCCAUGCCUGCCUCGCUAGCCCCAAACGCCGGAGCUCAACCUCGACCUCAGCCGCCACCACGACAGCCACAGCCACAGCCGCAACCGCAACCGCAACAGCCUCAACGGCAGCCACAACCCAACGCUGCAGGAGCGAAUCCCACCGUAAGGGACAUGAUGCGGUACUAUGGUAGUGUAAUAGCUGGUGGCCAGGAGGCCUACCGUACCCCCCCUUCUGUCAGGAGCCAACGAGCCCGUACGCGUGCCUGGGUGGAAAGCAACAACCUCCGUGGAGCCGCCUUGGGCAGCGGACGCAACGUCGUCGGACCUACAUCUCCCCUGGCCAACGGACCCCAUGCGCCCAGAUCCUAUCUCCUGCCGUCGGACCCGGGGUUCAGUGAGCAACGCCUUCGGGCCCAUCGGAUGACGAACUACCACCAGAACUAUCUGGCGGCAGCCGGCAGAGGAGGUGCGUUAUCGAUGAGCCAUCAGCGAUUGGGUCACUCGCAGGUUCUGUCCUCCCGCACGGUGGACUUCAACGAGAUACCCAUGGAGGAUGGGGACAAUAUGACCAUUAAUGCGGCGGCCGCCGAGAAUCUGAUGCGCAGCUUCGAGGAGGAGCCCGCCUUGGCGGCUAAAAAGCGGGACCAGGAGCGUCAGCGCUACUUGUGCUACCGCUUCCUGGCGCCCAAACCGUCUCGCCCGCCGGCGGAGGAGACCACCUUCCUGGCCCACCGAUCCGAGUUUGUGGCCCAGCUGCUGGCCUCGGCGCUCUGCGAGGAGAACCUGCAGGUGAAUGUGGCGGUGGACCUGCCUCUCGCUAUCCUUCCCAAGCAAAAGAGCCGGCCCAGCUGCGACAUUGUGGGAGCCGGCGACGCCGAGAAGAUCUCUCCGCGGUGAUUCGAACCGAAUCGAUUUGGGUACUACCUGCCCCCCGGCAGCUCAUGUUUCUUGUACCUUUUGUAUCGGUUAAAUUUUCUGUUUAUAUCGAGAUAUCCUUUUGGUAUUAUGUCCUCGUGCUGGAGGCCAGUAAAUUAGUCGCACUUUUGGAUUAA